GAAUGUUACAUAGUGAUGUCAAAAACAAUUAAGACCCACAUUCUCAUCCCUAACAUACUCGUGUUUCAUUUUCUCCCUCACAUCCAACAGAUUCAUUUGGCGUCGCGUAGUAUUCCAUUUUUCUGUUCCUACCAAUAAACCCUCAAUCUUUGAUUCUCCGAGCUUAAUAAGAUGGAAGAAGGUAACAGAGGCACCAUCAUGAUCACAAACGAUGAUGGAAUCGAUGCACCUGGCCUCAGAGCUUUGGUUACCGCUCUCGUCGCCACCAAUCUCUACAAUAUUCAAGUUUGCGCUCCUGAUUCCGAGAAGUCAGCAGUUAGUCACUGUAUUACUUGGACUCACCCUGUAGCUGCCAAGAAAGUUCACAUUGAUGGAACCACGGCCUAUGCAGUUUCUGGGACUCCAGCUGAUUGCACUUCCCUGGGAAUUUCCAAAGCACUUUUUCCUACAGUAGCUGAUCUGGUAUUAAGUGGCAUAAACAUGGGUAACAACUGCGGUUAUCACAUUAUUUACUCGGGCACAGUUGCUGGAGCUCGAGAGGCGUUCUUCUAUGAUAUACCUUCUAUCUCCAUUUCAUAUGACUGGGCUAAAGCAACAAGUAACCUACAUGACUUCACCCUUGCAGCGCAAGCAUGCAUACCUGUCAUAAGUGCUUUACUGGCUGAUAUAAAGAACCAAAGAUACCCUCACAAGUGCUUUUUGAAUAUUGAUAUUCCAAGCAAUGUUGCUAAUCAUAAGGGGUACAAAUUGACUAAGCAGGGUAAAAGUAUAAUCAAAAUGGGAUGGAAGCAAAUCGCCUCUGAGACGGAAGGACGAAAAAUGUCUUCUGAUAUGACCACUGCAGACGUAGCAGCACGUUCAGAUUUUAACACGUCUUCUAUAUCACCUGAAAGUCUUUUAUUUGCUAGAGAAGUAAGAGGUGCUCAACAUGAUCAUGAUGAUACCGAUCACAAAUGUUUGCAGGAAGGAUAUAUUACUGUCACUCCUCUUGCUGCUAUCUCUCAGGCCGAGGAAGAUUGUCAAAACUAUUUUAAGAAUUGGCUACAAAAUGUCUCGGAAUCUCCCUCUUCAUUGGCUCUAUAAUGCUGUAAGACAUUUCAUGUGUUCGCGAUUCGUAUGAAAUCCUCAAUUUCAAAAUAUUGCUAGUGCUACCUCUAAAGGCUGUAAUAUUUUUCAUUCAAAAUAUUGCUAGUGCUACCUCAAUUUCAAUUUCAAAAUAUUGCUAGUGCUACCUCAAUUUCAAAAUAUUGCUAGUGCUACACUCUGGCUAAGAAUCACUUUUGCUUCA